UAGGCGGCAGGAAGGGACCGCCAUUUUGCAGCGGUCGUCUUUCUUGUCGGCACCGUAUUAUUUGUUUAAACCAAAAGAACAUAAGAUGCCUCAGCACUGCGCAGCUAACUUCUGUUCUAAUCGACGGACUGUUGACGUCAGGGCUCGGGGGAUAACUUUUCACAAGUUUCCCAAAGGAAAAGAAUUGAGGAAGAGGUGGGAAGUAUCUUUGAGGAGGGAGGAAUUCACUGCAAGUGAUUCAACUGUGCUGUGCAGUGAGCAUUUCAAACAGGAGGACUUCGAUAAAACUGGUCAGAUUGUCCGACUGAGAGAGGGUGUGGUACCAUCAAUUUUCAGCUUCCCGGCUCACCUUCAAAGUCUUGAAAACUGCAGGACAACAGAAACCUCAAUAAAAACUGAAGCUGGUCUGUCUGUGGCCUCUCGGGAUGCCCCAGAAACGUGCAGGUCACACCCACAACCUCAGCCCAUUGAUGAUCAUGACUAUGCCUUGCCAGCCUCUCUUACGGGUCUCACGGCUAAACUUAAGGAAGCCUUGGCAAGAGUGGAACAUCUGGAGCGGGAGAAGACAAACACCAUGGCCAGAGAAGAGAGGGCAAAGACCACAGUUAAGUCUCUUUUGGGGGAUUUGAGUGAAAAACAACUCAUUACUGAGGAGCUCAAAGAAAAGCUAAGAUUAUACUCUGAUGUCCAGCUCAUAGAGUUCAUGGAGAAGCAGGGCCAUGGGUACACAAAGGAGCACAGAGAGUUUGCCUUCACACUCCAUCUGCACGGUCCAAAGGCGUACAAAUACCUCAGGGAGACUCGAAAAUUUCCCCUCCCACAUCCACAUACAUUACAAAAGUAG